CGCGCGCUACACAAACUAUUUUCACACCGAGCUCAGAUUCAGCUAACGUCGCGAGAAGCAGAUAUAACAGACACGGCAGUUACGAUAGAUAUUCUUCCAUAUUAUGAUGUUAUCCUGAUCGACUUUACAGUUUUAAUCGUAUGCAAUUAGCCAUUCAAAUUUUGCAUUUAUGCAUUAAAGAUCGGAUAAUAUGGCAGCAACAGGAGGCAAACCUGGUGUAGCGACUGCUGUCAGUGCUGGAUACGUGUCAAAAUCUGAAGCAGGGCCAGGGAAAAGAACAUCUUAUUGGAAGACAAACACAAGCAAAGUUCCCGGAAGCAUCAAACCUGUACACGCUACACACAUGUCAACAGAUGUAAUACAACAUCAACCUAAAGGUAGGAGCUCUCCAAACAAAUCCAAGAAUAAGAAAGACUCGUUUGCUGAUUUUGAUGACAGUACUUCAGAUGCAUGGGAAGUGAAUGAUGAUGAACUAAUAUUAAUGACUUCAAGAAAGUUGUCUGUUGAGGUACAUGGUACUACAGUCCCAGGAUUAGUACAUGUUAGAUCUCAUAGAUCAGAUAGACAUAUAGUGGACAAUGUAGAUGAGAAGACCCAGGAUAGUAGUAAUCCAUCAAGUGUGCCUUCAUUGCAGAAAACAGAGAGAACUGAGUCAGAUGUGUCAUUACCAAACCAGACUAAAGUUGAAGCCAAUACAAGUAGUGAAUUACAAAGAGAUGAACAGUCAUCACUGAAAGCACCACGUCCAUCCUCACCUAUUAGAAUAUCAACCAUCCCAUUUUCAAAUAAAACAGAUGAAAAAGCAGAAAAAUUCUGGGUUGUACUCUCUACACCAAACAUGGAAAUGGAGACUUUACGAAAGCAUAGCUGGGCUGGAAUACCUAAUACAGUACGUCCCAUUGCAUGGAAAAUCUUGUCAGGCUAUCUGCCAGCUAAUUUAGAGAGAAGACAAGCAACAUUAGACAGGAAACGAGAGGAGUAUUUUGGAUUUGUAGAUCAGUACUAUGAAACAAGAAAUGAUGCCCAACACAAGAAUAUGUUCCAUCAGAUUCACAUUGACAUUCCACGGACCAAUCCCUUAAUUCCUUUAUUCCAAGAACCAGUUGUCCAAGAGAUCUUUGAAAGGAUAUUGUACAUCUGGGCCUUAAAGCAUCCAGCUAGUGGUUAUGUUCAAGGAAUUAAUGAUCUUGUUACUCCAUUUUUUGUAGUAUUCCUGUCGCAACACAUUGGUGGAGAGGAUAUUGAGAAAGUGGAGAAGUACAAGGGCAUUAACAAACUGUCAAAACAGAUUCUUCGUGAGAUCGAGGCUGAUAGUUUCUGGUGUAUGAGUAAGCUGUUAGAUGGUAUACAGGAUAAUUACACCUUUGCUCAACCCGGUAUACAGCUCAAAGUUGCACAACUGAAAGAACUUAUACAGAGGAUAAAUGCUCCACUACACAAGUAUCUCAUGGACAACCAGUUAGAUUAUCUUCAAUUUGCCUUCCGUUGGAUGAAUAAUCUACUAAUGAGAGAGUUCCCUCUCACAUGUACUGUACGACUCUGGGAUACAUAUAUGAGUGAACCAGAAGGCUUUGCAGUAUUCCAUCUUUAUGUGUGUGCUGCUCUUCUGGAAAUGUUCUCAUCCAGGAUUAUGAAUGAAAAAGAUUUCCAGGGCACAAUGCUUUUUCUUCAGAACUUACCAACCCAUAACUGGGGUAAUAAGGACAUUAGUCUACUGGUAGCAGAGGCAUACAAGCUGAAGUACAUGUUUGCAGAUGCACCAAGACAUCUCAAUCAACAAACUAAACGAUGAGAACUUGCCAAUAGAUUUAUAUCUUUUGAUGUUUAAAUUAAUCAUGAAUAUUUUUAUGACAUAAAAUUAUUUGAUUAAUGAAGUUGAGGUAUUAUGGUGCUGCUUGUACAGGUCUCACAUGAUUUAUAACAUCUCAUACAGGUAAACAUAUAUGAAAAGUAAAAUUGGUCAUGUCUGCCAUAGAUGAAAAUCAGUGACGAAACCCUUUAAUGGAACAAUACUUAGGAAUAUGAAGACAAUUCCUAUUAUCCGUAGGAGAGUCAGUUAAUGUUUGCUUGAGAACUAAAAUGGUAUUUUGCCAUCAGAAUACAGGUUUCCUCUGUGAAUGUAUCACACUACCCUAUGCUUUAUUACAUCAUAGAGUGUGUUUAUACAGAGAAUCAAAUUCAAGCUCAUGCUGGCUCAUUCAAGAGUUUCCUAUACAUAACAUGGUGGGGAAAAAUGGUGAAUGCCAGCAUAUAUGCCUUGUUUGUACAGAUGUAAAAUAUUUCAAGUCCAUUCUCCUGAGGUCGACAAGAACACACUUGU